GACGGCUCCGGACGGGACCGCGAGCACAGGCCGCUCCGCGGGCGCCUCCGAUCCCCGCGGGACCCCCGCCCAGUUCUCCCUGCCCGGUCCUGCGGUCUGCGCGCCCCCUUGGUAGUCCUCGCGCUGUGCAUCUCCGUCAGAGCUCAGUGGGCAGUGUGGAGCCACCAUGUUCAGCUGGCUGAAGCGGGGCGGGGCUCGGGGCCAGCAGCCGGAGGCCAUCCGCACGGUGACCUCGGCCCUCAAGGAGCUGUACCGCGAAAAGCUGCUGCCUUUGGAGGAGCACUACCGCUUCGGGACCUUCCAUUCUCCAGCCCUGGAGGAUGCUGACUUCGACGGCAAGCCCAUGGUGCUGGUGGCUGGCCAGUACAGCACGGGCAAGACCAGCUUCAUUCAGUACCUGCUGGAGCAGGAGGUGCCCGGCUCCCGGGUGGGGCCUGAGCCCACCACCGACUGCUUCGUGGCUGUCAUGCACGGUGACACCGAGGGCACCGUGCCUGGCAAUGCCCUCGUCGUUGACCCGGACAAGCCCUUCCGUAAACUCAACCCCUUCGGGAAUACCUUCCUCAACAGGUUCAUGUGCGCCCAGCUCCCCAAUCAGGUCCUGGAGAGCAUUAGCAUCAUCGACACCCCGGGCAUCCUGUCGGGGGCCAAGCAGAGAGUGAGCCGUGGCUACGACUUCCCAGCUGUGCUGCGCUGGUUCGCGGAGCGCGUGGACCUCAUCAUACUGCUCUUUGAUGCUCACAAGCUGGAGAUCUCUGACGAGUUCUCGGAGGCCAUCGGCGCCCUGCGAGGCCAUGAAGACAAGAUUCGCGUGGUGCUCAACAAGGCCGACAUGGUGGAGACGCAGCAGCUGAUGCGUGUCUACGGGGCGCUCAUGUGGGCGCUGGGCAAGGUGGUGGGCACGCCCGAGGUGCUGCGCGUCUAUAUCGGCUCCUUCUGGUCCCAGCCCCUGCUGGUACCUGACAACCGGCGCCUCUUCGAGCUGGAGGAACAAGACCUUUUCCGCGACAUCCAGGGCCUGCCGCGCCAUGCUGCGCUGCGCAAGCUCAAUGAUCUGGUGAAGAGAGCCCGGCUGGUGCGGGUUCACGCCUACAUCAUCAGCUACCUGAAGAAGGAGAUGCCCUCCGUGUUUGGGAAGGAGAACAAGAAGAAGCAGCUGAUCCUCAAGCUGCCUGUCAUCUUCGCCAAGAUUCAGUUGGAGCAUCACAUAUCUCCCGGCGACUUCCCGGACUGCCAGAAGAUGCAGGAGCUGCUGAUGGCUCACGACUUCACCAAGUUCCACUCGUUGAAGCCGAAGCUGCUGGAGGCCCUGGAUGAGAUGCUGACCCACGACAUUGCCAAGCUCAUGCCCCUGCUCCGGCAGGAGGAGCUGGAGAGCACGGAUGUGGGUGUGCAGGGGGGCGCUUUCGAGGGCACCCACAUGGGUCCCUUUGUGGAGCGGGGGCCCGACGAGGCCCUGGAGGACGGCGAGGAGGGCUCGGAUGACGACGCCGAGUGGGUGGUGACCAAGGACAAGUCCAAGUACGACGAGAUCUUCUACAACCUGGCGCCGGCCGACGGCAAGCUGAGCGGCACCAAGGUCAAGACCUGGAUGGUGGGCACCAAGCUCCCCAACUCCGUGCUGGGUCGCAUCUGGAAGCUGAGCGAUGUCGACCGUGACGGCAUGCUGGACGACGAGGAGUUCGCCCUGGCCAGCCACCUCAUCGAGGCCAAGCUCGAGGGCCACGGGCUGCCCACCAACCUGCCCCGCCGCCUGGUGCCACCCUCCAAGCGGCGCCACAAGGGCUCGGCCGAGUGAGCCAGCCCCCCCGCCCCACCCUCGCCUGCCCGUUCUCCCUCCCUCUUGCCCUGCUGUGGCUCCCCAGCUCCGGAUGGCUGCACACACAUCUUCACCCCCAGCCCACAACCGCGCUCCCUGCCCACUCUCCCAGCUGUAAGGAUGGGGGUCCCUCUGCCCCCACUCCCCACCGUCAAACAGUGGGGACCAGGGGAGGGGCAAGGCUUCUCUGCCCACCCUCCACACCUCUACACUCACGUUACACUUAGCACAUCAUUCCGACACUAACACACAGAAGCACCCAUAAGUGCCUCAUUCGUUCACGUAUUUAUUGAGCACCUUCUAUGUUCAGGGCUCCUUCUAGACAUUGGGGAGUAAAACAGACACAUUUGUCUGCGGCUCUCAUGGAGCUGACAUUCUCAGGAGAGAGCACGCCCAAGGGUCACUCACACUCAGACAUACACCCAGCCCCAACCAGUCUGAUCCCUGGUUCUGAGCGAGACCCCUCGCCUAUCCCCAUAAGUGAGCCGCCGCUUGGUUGAAAUGACUAACACAGGGGCCCCACCGCCCCACUUCCUCUUGCCAUGAGGGCAAGGCCCCUCCACCCCAUCGGGUCCUCAGGCCUAGGGACCCCCAGGGGCUCAGAGCGGGGAAAUGCAACCUCCUACUCCCUCCGCGGGGUCCCUCUUAGCCCCGCCCCCCAGCUCCGGCCACACCCCUUUCUUGACUAAGGAUCCUCGGUGGACGAAAGGCCCCCUCCACGCCUGCUCCUCCCAGACCGGCGCACACUCUGAGGCCUGUCCUCCACGGCUCACCUGCUCUGGACUGAAAGCCUGGCCUGCUGCCCGCCCCACCCUCCCGCACCCCAGGCUCCCCACAAGUGAUGAUCUGCAUUUUAGACGGCGGGGGGCACGGCCUCUCCGCCCACAGUCCAUAUUUAAGUGGAGCCCCUGCCAGAUAGGAAAGCCCCAGGACGUCAUUUUAGUCCCCUUUUCAGGGACGUCGUGGGGGGAGGGGUUCUUGGUGCUACAGCCCUCCCUCCCCUCCCCUAAAAGGAACUCUCACCCCCCACUACACACCUUUCCCUGCCUUCACAUUAGUGCUUGACCCUGGUGGAGGAGCCCACGGAAAAGAUGGGGGGGGGAGAGCGAAAUAGAUGGGGAUGACGCCCCCUCCAGGGAGCUCGCUGGGAUUUCCACGCCCAUCACCCCUCACCCCGUGCCCCGGAGGGGACUGUGAACGGAAUAACGUUCCCAGAGUGCAAAUAAAGCCAAGGCUUCUUUCCCA